AUGGAGGCGCCGCCGGGGCCGGAGCCCAUGGCGCUGGACGCCCCCCCUGCCGCCGAGGACGCAGCGGCGGCCGCGGCGGCGGUCCCCCCCGCCGGCGGCGAGAAGAAGAAGGAAGGCGAAGGGGGAGAGAGGGUCCCGGGCCACAUCAUCUCCACCACCAUCGGCGGGAAGAACGGCGAACCGAAGAGGACUAUAAGUUACAUGGCGGAGCGAGUUGUGGGUACAGGUUCAUUCGGGAUUGUCUUCCAGGCUAAGUGUCUGGAGACUGGGGAGACCUUUGCCAUCAAGAAGGUGUUGCAAGAUAGACGUUACAAGAACCGGGAGCUGCAACUGAUGCGCGCCAUGGAACACCCCAAUGUCAUCUGUCUGAAGCACUGCUUCUUCUCGACGACGCCCAGGGAUGAGCUAUUUUUGAACCUCGUCAUGGAAUAUGUUCCAGAGACGCUGUAUCGUGUCCUGAAGCACUACAGCAAUGCGAACCAGAGAAUGCCUCUUAUCUAUGUCAAGCUCUACAUGUAUCAGCUUUUUAGAGGGCUAGCUUAUAUUCAUACUGUGCCAGGAGUCUGCCACAGGGACGUAAAGCCACAAAAUGUCCUAGUUGACCCUCUCACUCACCAAGUCAAACUGUGUGACUUUGGAAGCGCAAAAGUCCUGAUUCCUGGUGAACCAAAUAUAUCUUACAUUUGCUCUCGUUAUUAUCGUGCUCCUGAGCUCAUAUUCGGAGCAACUGAGUAUACAACUUCGAUAGACAUAUGGUCAGCUGGGUGUGUUCUUGCAGAGUUACUUCUUGGUCAGCCACUGUUUCCAGGAGAGAGUGCGGUUGACCAGCUAGUGGAGAUAAUCAAGGUUCUUGGUACUCCAACUCGUGAGGAAAUAAGAUGCAUGAACCCCAACUAUACUGAGUUCAGGUUUCCUCAGAUAAAGGCUCAUCCAUGGCACAAGAUUUUUCACAAGAGAAUGCCUCCGGAAGCUAUAGACCUUGCUUCUCGUCUCCUCCAAUACUCACCAAGUCUUCGCUGCUCUGCUCUUGAUGCAUGUGCGCAUCCCUUCUUUGAUGAGCUACGGGCGCCGAAUGCACGCCUGCCAAAUGGCCGUCCAUUCCCUCCGCUCUUCAACUUCAAGCAUGAACUAGCAAAUUCCUCUCCGGAACUCGUCAACAGGCUCAUACCGGAACAUAUUAGACGGCACACCGGAAGCUAGGAGGGCAGGCACUGCGAUGUUCAACUUUUUGGUCUUAGUUCCCCAUGAGCUGGGCCGAUGCAAGCGUAGGCAACAUUGCACCAUCUGGAGAGAUCGACCCAGCAGUUCCAGAGAGAAGUAAAACUAUGUAAAUUAUCUGACCGCAAAGAACUACCGCCAGUGUUAAGUCGGUAACUGGCGCCUGUUGUUCCCGUAGUUAAGGUAAGAAUGUAGGAGGUGGUGACUGGUUAAUGCCUAGGGCAGUUUUUGGUUAUUAUGUUCGUCAGUACUUCUCAGCAGUAGUGUAGCUGCUCCUGUUUUGUUUGUCUGCCAUGAUGUAAAUGAUCAUCUCCCCAAUUGCCAUGACUGAUGUCUCGUUUAUGCUUA